AUGGCAGCACCCUUCACUCGCCUGGCCUUUGGCACCAGCGCCAAACGGGUGUGCCUUCGCCAACGACCCUUCCCCGUCACAUCCUCGCUCCGAAGUCUGUCGACGACGCCUACAAGACGACAAGCAGCGCCGGCACCUGAACCAGCACAGCCCUUCCGCGAUGCGCCCACAAUGCCUCACCAGGGCACACGCCUGAUUCCGGUCGAUCCAGCAUUUGGCCACCCAGUCGACCCCAACGACCCGCAAUAUCUAAACCUUGCUCGGGACAAGGGCGACAACCCAGAGGAGCGCAAGAUUCGACACUACACAGUCAACUUUGGCCCGCAACAUCCAGCCGCACACGGCGUGUUGCGAUUGAUUUUGGAGCUCAAUGGCGAGGAAAUCGUGCGGGCGGACCCGCACGUUGGUCUGUUGCACAGAGGAACAGAGAAGUUGAUCGAGUACAAGACAUAUCUGCAGGCCCUACCUUACUUCGACCGUCUGGACUACGUGAGCAUGAUGACAAACGAGCAAUGCUUCAGUUUGGCAGUGGAGAAGCUGCUGAAUAUCGAAAUACCGGAGCGGGCGAAAUGGAUCCGGACACUGUUUGGCGAAAUCACCCGGAUAUUGAACCACCUCAUGAGUGUGUUGAGUCACGCCAUGGAUGUUGGUGCUCUCACACCCUUCUUGUGGGGCUUCGAGGAGCGAGAGAAGCUAAUGGAGUUCUACGAGCGUGUCUCUGGUGCACGACUUCACGCUGCUUAUGUGCGACCGGGUGGCGUUGCUUCCGACCUUCCUCUCGGCCUUCUCGACGACAUCUACCAGUGGGCCACCCAAUUCGGGGAUCGCAUCGACGAGACCGAAGAGCUUCUCACCGACAACCGUAUCUGGAUCGGACGAACUAAGGGUGUUGGUGUUGUGAGCGCAGCUGAGGCCCUCAACAUGUCCUUCUCCGGUGUCAUGCUUCGUGGCUCCGGUGUACCAUGGGACAUUCGCAAGUCUCAACCUUACGACGCUUACGAUCAAGUCGAGUUUGAUGUGCCCGUGGGCGUCAAUGGAGACUGCUACGAUCGAUACCUCUGCCGCAUGGAAGAGUUCCGACAGUCGCUCCGCAUUAUCCACCAAUGCCUGAACAAGAUCACCGCGGGGCCAGUCAAGGUCGAGGACUACAAGAUCGCACCGCCACCGCGUGCAGCCAUGAAGGAAAACAUGGAGGCGCUGAUCCACCACUUUUUGCUUUUCAGCAAGGGUUACACUGUUCCGCCUGGCGAGACCUACUCUGCGAUCGAGGCACCCAAGGGCGAGAUGGGUGUGUUCGUGGUCAGUGACGGCAGUGAGAGGCCUUACAGGUGCAAGAUCCGUGCGCCAGGGUUCGCACAUUUGGCUUGCUUCGAUCAGGUGUCAAGGGGCCAUCUGCUGGCCGAUGCGGUGGCAAUCAUUGGCACGAUGGACCUCGUUUUUGGAGAAGUAGACAGAUAA